ACCAACAUGGCGGCUUUCUGAGUUUACGAAAAGAAACUGAGGUGUAAAUAAACUCUUUGUGCACAUUUUGCACAUCUUAUUAGUCUUUCGCUCAAAUAAUUAAUGAACGGUCGAUUAGAGGGCAAAGGAUGUCAGGUGACGGCAACAAAAAGCAGUUCUGGAAGAGAAACACAGCCAAGGUUCCUGGGAAUAUCCAGCAUGUGUAUGGAGCCCAGCAUCCCCCAUUUGACCCUCUGCUACAUGCAAACCUGAUUAAAGCUGGAAAUAAGCCUCCAUCCGCUACUACACCAGGAAAGCCAAAAAAAGCCACCACCUUCCAGGAGUUUGAGAGCAUCACCAGCGACGCUUGGGAUGUGGGUGAUGACGACGAUGAACUUCUCGCCAUGGCAGCCCAGAAUCUUAACAUUGACGUUGUCAUGGAAACAGCCAAUAAGGUGAUAGAAAACCACAGCAAGCUUCAGGAAAAACGACAGCAGCAGAUGGACAAGAGUGCGGAAUUUGAUCAAAAAGAGGAAGGCCAAGAGGAAGAUGAGGAGGAGCCAGAAGAAUAUGAGGAGGGAGAGGAAAGGGCCGAGAUGACAACGGACCUUUCAUUCAGCUCAGAUCUGCUUUCACACAGUGAUAGCAGACUGGUGAAGUCACAUAGUGAAGCACCUGUUGGUUCACCUAAAGAGGUGGGCGGAGAGUGGACAGGACUCUACAGACAACAAUCCCUUCCUCACAGGCCCGUGAUUCCACUGGUCGCCCGCAUGGCAGAUCAGAACACAUCUGGGACGCCAGCUAUGACAGAGAGAGAGGCAUCGCGACUUGACAAAUUCAGACAGGUUCUGGCCGGGCCAAAUACUGAUCUGGAGGAACUUCGAAAGUUAAGCUGGUCUGGAAUUCCACGGCAGGUGCGCCCCAUCACGUGGAAACUGCUCUCAGGUUACUUGCCUGCCAAUGUCGAGCGGAGAGAAAGCACGCUGCAAAGAAAAAGGCAAGAAUACUUUGGCUUUAUCGAGCAGUACUAUGACUCUCGCAAUGAUGAACACCAUCAGGACACCUACAGACAGAUUCACAUUGACAUUCCGAGAACUAAUCCUCUUAUACCUCUCUUUCAACAAGCUUCUGUGCAAGAGAUCUUUGAGCGGAUUCUGUUCAUCUGGGCGAUACGGCAUCCAGCCAGCGGUUACGUUCAGGGGAUCAAUGACCUUGUGACGCCCUUCUUCGUUGUUUAUAUUUUCGAGUAUAUUGAGGAAGAGGUGGAAAAUUUCAAUGUUUCCAGCUUGCAGGAAGAGGUGUUGCGGAACAUCGAGGCUGACAGCUUCUGGUGCAUGAGCAAGCUCCUGGACGGGAUUCAGGACAACUACACCUUCGCCCAACCAGGGAUCCAGAAGAAAGUGAAGGCAUUGGAAGAGCUGGUCAGCCGAAUUGAUGAGAUGGUACAUCGCCACAUGCAGCAGUAUGAGGUGGAGUAUUUGCAGUUUGCAUUUCGGUGGAUGAACAACCUGCUGAUGAGAGAACUUCCUUUACGCUGCACCAUUCGAUUGUGGGACACCUAUCAGGCGGAGCCUGAAGGAUUCUCUCAUUUCCAUUUGUAUGUAUGUGCUGCCUUCCUAGUCCGAUGGAGGAAAGAGAUACUAGAAGAGAAGGAUUUUCAGGGUCUGAUGAUAUUGCUCCAGAACCUACCAACAAUGCACUGGGGCAACGAAGAAGUUAGUGUACUCUUGGCUGAGGCUUACAGACUAAAGUUUGCCUUUGCUGAUGCCCCCAAUCACUACAAGAGAUGAGACUCCCCCCAGCUCCCCUGCUAAAUGCGAUGACCUUAACCGACGUCUAUGUCGCCUCUGGUUGUGACAAUAAUAUAAUAAUAACAUGAUGUUUUUAUGGGGAUGGAAAUAUUUACAGUGGACCGCAACUGUUCCGGCAUAUUUUCUGUAUUUCUACUAAUGUCGACACUCCAAACACAGUCAAAUAACCAGGGUAUCAAAAUCUUACACUGUUUAAAAACACUAAUGAAAUGUAUCUUUAUUCUCUUCUGUUUUUCUUCAGUGUAUUUCUAACCCAGUUCUGGAAAUGUUUACAAGAAAAAGGUUUUGAAUGCACUGAAUCCAUGGAAAAACUAAUUUAACAAAAAAGGAUUUCUUCCUAAUUAUUGGUUGCAACAGCAGGAUGGAUGCUGGCCCAGUUUAUUCAAGGCAAUAAUUUAGCAUUACCUGAGAUAUUACGGUUUAAAAAGACUUAAAAUGAAAUUGUUCAGUUUAAGCAGUGUCUAUGAACUUCUUAUAACCUUGGUCUACCUCAGAAUGCGGCCAGGAGUCAUAGGGUGAUGAACUUGUCUGCAGAUUAGAACAGUACCUAUAAAAUCUGCCUUAUUUUGGUUGUUUGAGUUUCACAAGGUGCAGGUCAAUGAAGGUAGCUUGGGUAUGCUAACUUGAAGUGCUGGCUAUGUUUCUGCUUUUUUCAUUGGCACAUGGGACUGUCAUUUUGACAUCCCAUUUUGAAACUAUUACAAUAAUGCACACUGACUCUACAAUGCUGUCAUUAAUUGACGUAUUUGGGGAAAUCAGCUUCUGAUUUGUCAGUAUUUGAACUGUGCGCUGCUUCAAUCAUGUCAUCAGGCUUUUAAAUUUGUGUGCCAGUUUAAGGGAACCUCCUCUUGAUGUCUGUUUGUCUCCUUUUUGUACAAGAUAAAGUCUAUGAAUCAGCGUUUAUUUUAAAAUCUCUUUGUUUUCUUUUAUAUACUGUUUACAUGAGCCUGUUAAGUUGUGCCUAACUCCAGAGAUUGAUGACUUUUAUUGACCUUGCAGAUAUUUAUUUUACAUUCAUGGUGAUUUGGGUCUAACAAAGCAAAACAUCAUAACCGUGAAUUCAUCAACUCUUCUGGUCUACUUUGGCAAUUUGAUGAGCGGCAGAAAAUGUACUGUAACUGACAUUGAGUGUCUGAACUUAUGGAGUUACACAGUACAAGCCACAUGGGGAUAUAUUUUCCGGAUACCAAACUUCUUGACAUAACUUACAGAAAAGUCUGAAUGGAUUUUAACAGAAGUGUGGGUGAAUUAUUCUGAAAUGUUCUUGAAUUUAAUAGUUGUUUACAGAAUUAUGUUUUCAAAGACAUGUACAUAGAAAAUGUGUAAAUAAAUGCUAUAUAUAUGAUUAUAA